UGUCUUAUGGAGGGGUUUGACGAUGCUGUGGCGUCACGCGGAGGCAAUUUGAUGGGCAUGGGACAAGAUGGCUGUGACGCGCGGUGCUUGGUGUGUGCCAUGCCUUGCCUCUCAUGAAACGCUGCAAGAGUUGUGCAGGAAAGAAAAAUUGACUUGCCAAUGUAUUGAGAUAACCAGAAAGAACUCAAACGUUUACGAAGUGGAGUAUCUUUGUGACUUUAAACUGGAAAAGGGUAAGGAAUAUUUUCUUGUGAAAUGGAAGGGAUGGCCGGCAUCCUGUAACUCGUGGGAGCCCAAAGAAAACCUAAAGUGUCCGGAAAUGCUAAAACAGUUUUCCGCAGACCUGUACAAGUACCUGUUUGAUCUGAAGUCGAAAAAGUCUGGUGUGUUAAAGAACAAUAUUAAGUCUUUGGAUCCUGGUGUGUCCAACUAUAUAGUGAAGAAAGCUAAACAACGAAUUGCACUAAGACGCUGGGAACACGAACUGAACUCGAAAAAAUUCCUCGGAGGAAUGAUUUAUGUGGAAAAUAAUAUUGAUCUCGAGGGUCCUCCCAAAGACUUCCACUACAUCAAUGAUUACAAGCCCUCUCCGGGAAUUAAUACUGUGGGUGAGGCCAUUGUUGGUUGUGAGUGCACGGACUGCUUUACUGGUAAAUGUUGCCCCUUGGAAGCCGGGGUUCACUUUGCCUAUAAUGAGCACAAACAGAUUAUAGUAGAGCCCGGGAGGCCUAUUUAUGAAUGCAACUCAAGAUGCAAGUGUGGUCCAGAUUGUGCUAAUCGGGUGGUACAGAAAGGUCCACCUUACUCCUUAUGCAUUUUCAGGACGGAAAAUGGUCGUGGAUGGGGCGUUAAGACACUCCAGAAAAUUAAGAAGAACAGUUUUGUAAUGGAAUAUGUUGGAGAGGUAAUAACCAGUGAGGAAGCAGAGAGAAGGGGUCAGCAGUAUGACAGCAAAGGAAUCACUUAUCUCUUUGAUCUAGACUACGAGUCAGAUGAGUUCACUGUGGAUGCUGCUCGAUAUGGGAACGUCUCACAUUUUGUAAAUCACAGUUGUGAUCCAAAUCUCCAAGUGUUCAACGUGUUCAUUGAUAACCUAGAUGUGCGCCUUCCUCGGAUUGCAUUGUUCUCAACACGCCAUAUAAAAGCGGGAGAGGAAUUGACAUUUGAUUACCAAAUGAAAGGUUCUGGGGAUCUCAGCUCUGAUUCUAUUGACAUGGAUCCACCGAGGAAGAGACUUAGGACAGUCUGCAAAUGCGGAGCUAGUGCCUGCCGAGGGUAUCUUUAACUAAAGCAUCAUUUCUAUAUAUCAUCUCCGUGAAUGCUGUGACAAGGUUUAUUUUAAGAACAGAAGUAUUUUUUUAUGAAGAACUUUGAAAUAACAUGCAUAGCUGUGCAUGGUUAUUUUUAUUUGACAAAAUAAAUUUUAAUGUCUAUUUUAAA